GGGUCCCUGCUGUGUCGGAGCGGCUCCUGCUGUUCGCACCCCGCCAGGUCUCUUCCAGGAACCAUGAUCUCUGAAAGUGGCUCAUUUGUGAAGGGCCUGAUGCUCGGAGGGAUCUUCUGCAUCUUGGUUACUCUCCUAGGACAUAUUAAGAUGGGCCAUACCACUAAACCCCAUGAGCACCGCCAUCUCCAGGCUCCAAAAAAGGAAGACAUUUUAAAACUUUCCAACGACGAGCGCCUGGAAUUGAGUCAGAGCAUCCGUGUUUAUUGCAUCAUCCUUGUGAAGCCUAAGGAUCUGGGGCACUGGGCGGCUGCGAAGGACACGUGGAGCAAGCACUGCGACAAGGCAGAGUUCUACAGUUCGGAGAAAGUCAAGGUCUUCGAUUCGAUUGUGCUCGACACGGAUGACAUGUGGACAAUGAUGAGAAAGGCCUAUAAGCUCGCCUAUGAGAAUUAUAAAGAUGACUAUAACUGGUUUUUUCUGGCUCACCCCAGCACUUUUGCCAUUAUUGAGAAUCUGAAAUAUUUCUUGCUGAAACAGGAUGCGUCCCAGCCGUUUUACACAGGCCGGACAGAGACAUCUGGGGACCUCGAAUAUGUGAACGGAGACGGAGGAAUUGUCCUAAGCGUUGAGUCUCUCCGGCAACUUUACAAGGUUUUUGAUAAUCCAGAUAAAUGUCCUGAACAGGGGGGCAUGAUCUGGAAACUCUCGGCAGAUAAACAGCUAGCGGUCUGCUUGAAAUACAGUGGGAUACAUGCCGAAAAUGCAGAGGAUUCUGAAAAAAAGGACAUUUUCAACACCAAGCCAAUUGGUACUCUCAUUAAAGAGGCCAUGUCCAGUCACCCCCAGGAGGUGGUGGAAGGCUGCUGUUCAGAUAUGGCCAUCACCUUCAGUGGGUUGGCUCCUAGUCAUAUGCAUGUGAUGAUGUACGGGGUUUAUAGGCUCAGAGCCUAUGGGCACAGUUUUAAUGACGCUUUGGUCUUCCUACCUCCUCUAGGCUCAGAUAACGAUUGAAGACUCUCACACUGGCCGCUGCGUAAAGUGUGCAAGUCUUAAUCUCUUGUGUCCCUCAGCAAAUGGCAUGUACACAAGCUGGUACAAAUUUUGUAUUUCAUGGUGUUGGUGUGUUAACUAUUUUUUGCACAACCUGCUUUUAUUAUCUUUACAAAUGGGAAAGGGGAUACUCUUUUUAAAAGCAAAACAAAGCCCCUUUUAUACAAAUUUUUCAGUGGCACCUGAAAAACUGCUCCAAGGAUUGUCAGCAAAUGUGUAGCGGGUAUGUAAAUAUUUGAAAUCAAAAACUAUCCAUCUGUUGUAAAUUAAAUCUAUUUUUGCAGA